AUGAGAGCGGCCUCCCUAUUAGAUACGAGAACGUCAACCAAUUCGAAGUCGGUAUCAUCGUCCAGUGCCUUAGGCAAUAGCAGUGGCAGUAGUAAGAAUCCUUAUGGUAGCUCCUCAAGCAAAAAUCCGUUUAACGGUCCGUCUCGUGAAUUUCCGCCACGUGAUACAAAAUUGGCGAAACCACGACAGUUUCCAGCGCCAGAUGUACAGCGCAAUCGUGGUAAAGAGACAAAGAAACCACAACCAAAUAAAAGACUGCGCAUCGAAGAUGACGAUUCCGAAUACGAUUCUGAAAUGGACGAUUUUAUUGACGACGGUGACGAAGAAGAAGAUUACUCAUCACAUAUCCGCGCAAUCUUUGGCUAUGAUAAGCAAAAGUAUCGUGAUUUAGAUGACAACGAUGAUGCCGCUAUGGAAUCCAAUUUCGCGCAAGUACAGCGGGAGGAGUAUAUUAGCAAGAAGAUUGGUAUACAGGAGGACUUAGAAGACAUGAAAUUGGAGGCAAUGGAAAAGCGCCGAAAGAUGUUGGCUAAGAAGCGAAAACUCUAAUUAAAUGCUCUAAUUGAUAUGUUAUGAUUUGCAAUAUACUGAUAAUUGUGUGAAUUUAAAUUAUAUAGGUAUUGGUUGGUUGCUUUCACCCUUCUAUUCAAUUCUUUCGAACUUUGUUACACAUUUUGUUUUCAUUAUGAAAUGCUU